AUGACGUUUCAGGUUGCAGUCGAAAAAUCAACUGCUAAAACCAAAGCGAUCCAAACAAAAAAAAUCAAUUCCAGACUGAUGAAGGGAAAGAAAGACAUCUUCAUUGCGGCCUUCAAUGUCCAAACACUCCAGAAAGAAGGAAAGAUACCUGAACUAAUCGCCUCAGCUGAUUCUACAAAACAUGACAUCAUCUGUAUACAAGAACACAGAUUUAUACACGAGGAAUUUGCAACAAAAGAACACAUCUUUGGCAGCUGGAGACUUAUCACCUGCUCUGCAUGGAAGAAAAGUGUGAAUGAGGCCACUGGAGGAAUCAGAAUGCUAUUUAGCCCACAAGCCUACAAUGCUCUUAUCAGUGCUGAAAUGAUAACACCUAGAAUUAUGAUAGCUACCUUCAAUGGAAAUCCUCAGACCACUAUUAUCUCCUGCUACAGCCCCACCAACGUAAGCGACGAAACAAAAGUCGAAACAUUUUACGAGGACCUAAUAUCAGUCACCAGACAAGUUCCCAAACACAAUAUAUUAAUUAUUGCAGGCGACUUAAAUGCACAUCUUGGGCAACUUGAUGGCUUCAAAUAUGCAUAUCACACUCAAACCAACAGAAAUGGCUCCAAGCUAAAAGACUACAUCAAUGACAACAAUCUCUUAUGUCUCAACACGAAAUACCAGAAAAGAACAGGUCAGCUAUGGAUACACAUAUCACCAAAUGGGAGCAAGGCACAGUUAGACUACGUGAUCAACAAUCGGAAGUGGAAAAACAGUGCAAAGAAUUGUAGAGCAUUUAACUCCUUUGUCAGCGUAGCAUCAGACCAUCGUGUCGUCUCCACCCAAAUACGUCUGAGUCUUCGAGCAAACAAAAAGAAGAACAGCAACAUUUCUCCAUACGACUGGACACAUCUAAAAGACAACUCUGAAAUACGCAACACCUUCAUUACCAGAGUAAAAAAUAGAUUUGCUGCUCUACAAGACACAACUCUGACAAAAAGUACUAACACAAGAUACAACCUUUUUGAAUUAGCAUGCAAAGAAACAUGA